UCUUCGAUCACGCGCACGCGUUUUCCCGCGGAUUUCGUUAGAUCGGCGAUGUGCGGUUUGUGUGUUAUUUAACGUGAUGUUCGUUUAAAUGUGAAAAUUGCUCAUCCCUCGGCUCGCAACUCCUUCGGAACGCCUUCGCAAUUCGCGUGACGAGUGACGACGCGUUCUCCGCACAAUCGGCCAAACUGUCCCGGCGAAUUGUUUAUUCCGGUUCUCAUUUAGGUUAUAGCGACGAAACCGCACUGACAGAUCUGUCCGUAUUGUCCGUAAUAACGUUUGUGAGGAAUGCUCUAAUCUUCCUGGCACUUCGGAAACAACGAGAUUUAAUAAAUGAAAAGUAUGGACAUUCCGAUGGAAGACAACGAUUGUGCCGUUGAAGCGGUCAUGCCUGUGAAAAAGAAGAAAAUGAGACAAGCACAACUGCCAUUUCAAAUGUUAAGUUCCUCCAAGUCGCCAAGCAGUACAGACAAUGUGCCUAACAAGAAGAAGAGGAAGGUAAUGUCACCUUUGGUAGGGUCCAAGAGCCCUAAGGUGGUAAAACUUGCAACAAAAGAGAACUUGGUCAGGAAUGUACAUGAGAAGGAAGGAGAAGAAAGAAAGUUGAACAGGAGCGACGAUAGCGUUGAAAUAAUAACAUCCGAUGAUGAAAAAAAGGACUUGGAGCAAAGCGAUCAGCAAAAGACCAAUAAAGGAGAUAGUACGCCUAAGAGGAGUCUGAGAAAAAAAAAGAAACUGAAUAGAUCUCAACAGAAUCUUGGUGCCUUAACUAAGUUCCUCAAAAAGACAGACAAAGAGGUUGAAGAAAGUGAUGUUAGUCAUGACAAUAAUUUAUCUGAAUUUAAAGAUGAUAAAGACUGUCAGGAUACAUCUGUACACAAGGAAAAAAAUGAAAUCUGUUUGAAUGAAGGUUCAGGCACAUCAGUCAUACGAUCUGAAUUACAAGAUGAUAAGGACUGUCAGGAUACAUCUGUACACAAGGAAAAAAAUGAAAUCUGUUUGAAUGAAAGUUCAGGCACAUCAGUCACACCAUCUGAAUUACAAGAUACAUCUCAACUAAGCGAAACAGAUGAUCGUGUCGCUAAUAAGGAUGUAGAUUCUUCUCUUCAGGAAACAGACUGUAAUAUUACUAUUUUGUCUUCGGAUAAUGAGGCUUCAAGCGAGUUGGAUAAAUCAAUAUCGAGUACAAGUAAAGAAAUAACUGAUAAACCUACAACUCCUGUUACUCCAAAAACUGACAAAGAUAUGAAGAAUAAAAAAUUAACACCGAAACAGUUAGAAAAGAGAAAGGAAAUUGUUAGAAGAAAGGAGGAGAAGCAAAGAUUAAAAAUGGAGAAAGAAAAAAAACGGGAGGAAGAAAAAGCAAAUCGGCGAAGGGAGAGAGAAGAGAAACAGAAGGAAAAAGAAGAAAAAGAGAGAAUAGAAAAAGAGCAGAAAAAAAAGGAAAAGGAAUUAAAGGAACUUAAGAAACAAAUGGAGAUCGAACAAAAACAAAAAGAAAAGGAAGCGAAAGAAGAAGAACGGAAAAAGCGAGAAGAAGAGAAAAGAAAGAAAGAAGAGGAACGACUGGAAGCCGAACGCAAGAAGCAGAAAGCUGCCUCAAAUUUUGCUAGCUUUUUCGUUCCCAAAAAGCAGGAGGUUAAAUCGACGGACGAAGAGAAUGUAAUUAAAGUGAAAAAUUUUAUGCCUUUUGAAGUAAAGGCUGACAUGAAAAUUGCGCCAAUUUGUCGAAGAAAGUUGAAUGAAGACGAGAAAUUAUUGUUAGAUAACAAGUGUAACAUAGAUUUGGAUAAAACCGAAUUGUAUCUUGAAGAUAUUAAAAGGAGAAGAAUCGUGCCGCGAACUUCCUCCAAAACAUGGCCGCUCGAAGCAAAGGAGGACGAUGAUAUCAUUCUACUAGACGAAGACAACGUCGGCAGUUCUAACAUAAUAACGGACACGCAUAACUUGGAGAAGCACCGCCCGAAAUUAUUGCAAUUCAACGAAAAUCGCCGUCCUCCGUACUGGGGCACGUGGCGGAAACGAAGUAACGUUCUAAAUUCCCGGCGACCGUUUGCGAGAGACAAGAAAUGGUUCGAUUAUGAAAUUGAUUCCGAUGACGAAUGGGAGGAGGAAGAACCUGGCGAGUCUCUCAAAGGAUCGGAUGACGAGAAGGACGAAGAAAAUCCGGAAGACGACGAAUAUGAUGUCGACAAUGAGUUCAUGGUGCCUCAUGGGUAUCUGUCCGAUGAAGAAGCGCGAGCUGACGAGGAGGAGAUCGAGGAUAUGUCACCACAAACACAAAAGAUGAAAUUGAAGUUAUUGGGAGAGCAAUUCGAAGCCGAAAGAAACGCGAAGACGUACAAACUUAAACCGAAAAUAAUCGGAUGUAUCUGGCAAGGACCCGAAAAUUCAUUUCCGGAAUCUGUCCCCCCAAAGGUCAAAGAAUUUUUGUCGGCACGGCAAGCUUGGGUCAACAACAUACCGAUAAUAUUUCCGUCGGCAUCACCGGAAGAAGAUAUUUCGACUAACACAGAAUGCAAGACUCCUACCCAUCAAUCUGUGAGAGGAGCAAAAAAGACCAAGUUUCCUAAUGAAGCUUUGCCCGAUCUGAUUCGAUUGGUGCACGGGAACAGACACGGUAGACAUGGUCUUAUGAGGGAGUUCAUGACAUUCUGGAGCAAAAAGGGCGGAAGCCAUUUAUCGAAAGUUAGCGUAUUGUCGAAAAUUAAUGAAAUCGCUGAUAGGAUAGCAUGUCCCGAAGAGGGACCAAUGCAUCUCAAAUCCUGCUGGUAUGUCCCAGAGAACAUCCGGAAACAGUAUCUUUCCGAUGUUGAGCUAUCGUUGCCAAAUCGUUGGAAAUAUAUUUUGACGCCAAAUCGGAAAGACGACACUCAAAUUGCCGAUAAAACUGAGAAAGAAGAAAGAGAUAAAGAAAAAGAGAAGAAACACGUACCACUUAUUACUCAAUUCACUAAAAAAAUUACACAGGAGGAGAUGAAGAAACAACUGGCAAAAUCUGACCAGGAAGAGGCGAAGAAACAGUCGACGUCGAAACUCGACCAAGAGGAGACUCAGAAACAAUCGACAGCGAAACUCGAGCAAGAGGAGACCAAGAAACAGUUGGCAUCAAAAUCCGAUCAGAUUUCCGUCCCACCGAAAUUACCCCCGCUACAAAGACCUCCUAAACGGGCGACUUUAAUCUCCGUAGGAAGGGGGGAACAAUUUCCGGAAGGAUCUCGACAGAAUAUGUUAGCCAAAUUCGUCGGUCUGGAUAAGGAGAAAGAGGAACCAUUGAACAGCGAAAAGAUGGUCGAUUCAGACAAAGAAUCGACCAUCGAAUAAUCGUAAGUCUGAAAAUUGUCAAAAUGUACUCGUGAACUAGUGUUAAGAAGGUAAGGACCAAUUUCGCUACUGCCCUCAUUAUGUUCUAUACAUUGUAUUUUAUCGAGAUUGUCUCACUCGCAAAAAUAGCAAUCUUAAUCAAAUUGCGCAAUAACUGCCAAAUAGUUACAUAGAUUUACCAGUUAUUUACUGUAUGUAAAACUUAAGAGCUUUUAAUUUGAUUUGAUACGAGAUAUAUAUUCUUGUAAUUAGCUAGGUUAUAAAACUUACAAAAGCGAGAAAUUCUAAAAAGAUACAAGAAUUAUGGCUAAAAAACACCGAUCCGUUUCUUUUCAAAUUUAGUCAAUAAGGUAUAACUAUUUCAGACCAAAUUUUGUUUUAAAUUUUCAAAAACGUUUGUACAUUCGUCUGAAGUGACUACAUUAAAGUAGUAGUAAAAUAUUCUAUUUUGCUCGAAAAUUGCAACACAGUCAAAAACCGCAAAAGUUCCCUAUUUAAUAAACUCGUAAACUUUGAAUGCGUGUCGAUUGGAAAUGUUAUCAAAGUGACACGUUUCGUGCAUACUUAUUUUUUUACAAGAGCUUUGUUGCGCGAGUUAAUGUUUGCUAGAUAAAAUAUAUUUUAUAUCAA